AUGUCACGUUCAAAGAAAAUAUUAGAUAUGCUACAAAAAACUGAUGCAGAAAGGCCUGAGCUUAGUGCACCAUUUUCAAAUGUUCCUACUGAUUAUACGAAAAAAAGUGUAAAUACUGCUCUGAACGUUGAUGACAACGACAUUAGACAACAAAGCUCACCUUUGCCUUCCGGUGCAGAAGAAAUCAGUCAAGAACUAGCUGAUAUAUGGGAAGAAGUUCUGCAUGAAGAUGGUGGGACCGAAGAAAUUACCUGCGAUAGCCCAAUACCGAAUGUGUCUGAUCCGUCUGCCAAAGAUGUUUACAGCAAUCAACCUAGCACAUUUUCUUUGGAAGUGCCUUCUAGUUUCGAGAAUUCACCAUUAAUUCAGCUUGAAGAGUUGUUAGAAGUUUCUCACCACAGAUCUACCCCAGUUAAUUUGGAACUGUCACUGCCAACUCCUAUGCCAUCUCCUACUAAUCUCCAUUCGAUCUGCGAUAGCUCAUUCUGCCCUAAUCAUGCAGACUUAUUAUCUAUGAUUUCUUCGUCGUCAUUUAGCACCACAAAUUCACCUUCUUCGCACGUAAGCUAUGCCACCGUGACUCCUAAAACGACUAGAAAACGACAGAGGCGCCCAAAAGAAUGGACAGACGUUAAACGCAAAUGCCUUAAAAACUUAGGUAAGAAAUAUGUCACGAAAAAAGGAAAAGCCGUAGACGAAAAAACGAUGGGACCAUCAUGUAAAUGCCGUUACAAAUGUCCUGAUAAAAUAUCUCACCAACAGCGGUUGGAAUGCUUCACAAAAUUUUGGCAACUGGGAGAUCGAGCUAUGCAGUGGAAUUUUAUCAUCAAAUAUUCCGUUAAAAUGAAGAAGAAAAGAUGCCUGAAUCAAGACACUCCUAAUAAUAGAAAACAUACUUUUAAGUAUUAUCUGCCGCUGAUCACAGGUUCUAGCGAGUCUCACUGCGAAAAAACCGAAGUAUGCCAAACUAUGUUUAUUAAUACUCUUGCCGUUUCAACUCGUAUCUUAAAAACUGCAUGGAAGAAGUACGAUGGAAGCGCUAUUUUGGAAGAGGACAGACGGGGUCGCCACGAUAAUCAUAAGAUUGUUAUAGAUGACGCAAUGAAACAAAGUGUUUGUGACCAUGUUCGGGCAUUUGUCCCUGUUGAAUCGCAUUAUAUACGCAAGAAUAGCCAAAAGCUCUACCUACAAGGAGACUUAAGCAUUGCCAAAAUGUUCAAAUUGUAUCUUGAAUGGUUCGACUGCGAGAAAUACACCUCUAAGGCUACAAAGGAACGCCAAUAUCGUGACAUUGUCAAUUUGAACUUUAAUCUAGCUUUUCAUAUUCCCAAAAAAGGAUCAGCUAAUAAAAAGGUCGCAAGGAAUUUAAAAAGCCAAGAUAAGAAAGACGCUGAGGAGUCAAAUGGAAACAUGGUUGCUGCUGUGUUUGAUUUUGAAAAAGUAUUGCAGUGUCCUCAUGGCAAUAUAAACAUAUUUUACUAUAAGAGAAAGUUAUCUUCAUUUAACUUCACAGUUUUUGACAUGGGUAAAAGGAAGGCCGUUUGCUAUAUGUGGGAUGAAUCUGUGGCAAAACGUGGCGCAAAUGAGGUCAGCAGUUGCCUCUUAGAUUUUAUUCAGACUAAUGUUGACCGAGGGGUCAAAGAGUUUCGCUUUUGGUCAGACAAUUGUGCUGGCCAAAAUCGUAACCGCUUUGUAUUUUCAAUGUACGUUUACGCAGCAAAAAAGUUCAACAUAUACAUAACACACCGCUUCUUACAGAAAGGACACACCCAAAAUGAAGGGGACAGUGUCCAUUCUGUCAUAGAGAGAGCUUCUCAAACCAAAACUAUAUAUUCCCCGCAUGAAUGGCGUUUAUUAGUAAGAUGGGCUAAAAAUGAAGGAGAACCCUAUGUUGUUCGCAACGUAACCCAGAAUGACGUAUUUGACUUUAAAUGUCUUGUUAUUAAUAAAGUUUGGAUGAAAGACAUCAAUGGCAAGAAAAUUAACUGGAGUAACAUUCGAGAAGUUCAUGCAGACGGUAGUGAUCCAAACAAAUUGUUUUUUAAAUAUGACCUAACUCAAUCUGAUUACAAUAUUUUAGUGAUUCGCGGUAACACCCGGAACUCAAUACAAACUGAACUACAACCUGCUUAUUCUGAACCUAUUAUGGUUCCUCCCGCUAAAUAUAAAGAUUUAAUGGAUAUGUGCCGUUCGGAAGUUAUUCCCUUCGAAUAUCAUCCAUACUUUAACUCUUUACCACAUAACACCUCUGUUGAUGUUUCUGAAAAAUUUGAUGAUGAUUUAUCGGAAUAA